AUGGCAGUCGCAGUGGGAACCGUGCGGAAGUAUCCCGGAAGUACCUUCAGUCUUGUGCCGACUGCACUUUCCUCACACAGAAACUUUGAAAGACGAGGGAAGGAACGGGACGAAUAUGUCACUACGUACCAUUCUUCAACCUCACCAAGAAAGCACCACACUAUCAUCACCACACUUGACGACCAGACGCUUCGAGAAAUUCCGAUUACAUUUGACGUUAUAGCACCAGCCUCUCCACGACAACCCGAAAAAAAGUGGGCGGUGACGCCGCCUCCUCUGGGCGCCGAGCCUCCAAAUGGAGUUGGCGAUCUCGCGAACUGGCUUGGCCAGCAACCUCGCGGCACAAAAUCACGCCGCCAAUGCUUGGAGCCUUGGGAGACCCAAUCCAAGUCGCACAAACUCACCAAGAACUGUCAAAAUGGCACCAAAAAGACACCGGUCAAGCUUUUGCCAACGAUAGUCCAUGGCAAAUCGGUGCAUACACCAGAUCCGAAAUCUGGGGUUUUCAACGACAUGCCGACACCGUCCGUCGCUCAACCCGGCAGAAAGAGGCUCAAGUUUUCGACUCCGCUCAACGGCGCUUUAUCUCAUGCCAUCCUAACCCCGUCUCUCCUCAUGGCAACAAGUCGGUCACUUUGGGUACAUCCUUGUUUUGAGCCGCUUGGCAUACAUGGGCCAUUCACCGUCUGGAACCGAGCACCGCUGACACUACACUAUCAUCUGUACCCUCGUCAUUGGGCUCCUUUGUUAUCCUCUUGGAGUUUCGAACUUCCUCUCAGUUGCCCCCAGCGCAUCAUGGCGCUGCAAUGUGUGAGAAGUAUGCGUGUCGCAUUCCCAUCGGUCCCGAGUGCCGGUCACCAAAACAAUGGAAGACGCGGAUUUCAGAACAAGUCCCUAUCGUAUCGCAUCGCAUCCGAGGGCGUGGCGUCUAGUACGAACCCAAAUCUGAGGCGCGAUAUCGGUAGAGCCAGUGAGCCACCACUGAGACAACCUUAUUCCGCGGGUUCGCAUCCCCUACAAGCUGAUGAAUCCGGAAGACGGCACCGGCACCGUUCGAGUGAUGGAUUGGCAAGGUUUACUCUGUACGGCAAGCUGCAACGGAAGGACGACGACUAUCCCGUCGGUACUUUCGAGGUACCAGACAAUAGACACCAACGUAAGCAAACCCCCCCCCCAAGCCAUGCCGCCAUGCGCCUCCCACCGACGGCGGACAGCAAGAACCACUGGGAACGCAGCCCGGGAAAAAAGAGCAGAAAAUGGUUCUUUCUCUCCCACUUGCGGCUUGCCUUCCAGGUACCUAGGUAUUGCCCCCCAGGCUUGCCAGGUCCACGCCCCAGUGGUACCCCCCACCAACUGGCGCUAAGCGGGGCCUGGCUUUUUUUCUUGCAUGGAUCAUCCUCUGCUAUCAGACGUCCAUUGUCGCGACAUCUUCACCCAGAAGUCGCAAUCCCGAACGAGGCGCACAAGAAGCCGAUCAACGCGCACCAAGAGGCAACACCCGCUUGGCCCAUCUGCCUCUUGGCACGCCGACUUUUCCCUCGAAUGCAUCGAGCCAUCCUCGCUCUCGGGACGCAAUCCAUUGACUGGGGAGUUUCGCGCCCUUCGCCAGGCCCAGCUUACAUUCCCUUUGCUGCCGGCGGUUGA